GGUUUUUCCAUUUCAAUUUUCAAUUCAUUGUUUCAUGAACAGUUGCAUGUAGAUAGAUAGGCUUAUGUGCUCAUCCACAUAAGCCAACAAAGGGACGUCCAUGCGGGAGAAGCCAAUAGCGAUCUUGCCCUCAUUGCUUUAACCCAAUCAGGUUACUUCUGGUGUGUACGUGACAUGCACCGGUCUGUGGUCUGUGUUUGAGUGUGUGAUGUAUAUAUAGAGUCCGGCAUCCCGAGCGAACUUGCGGUGGCUCCAAAGGGAAACAGAAAAAACGUAUAUUGUUUUUAGUGUCUGACGUCCCGAAUGAGUUACAACCAUGGAAAAAGUCAAGAGGAAAACAGAGAAGACCAACCCAGUGGUGACGGCAAAUUGGUUCUCAAAGCUUUUCUUCAGCUGGAUGAACCCCUUGUUUCGUAUCGGUUACAAACGGUCCCUUGAAGGAGAGGACUUGUACAACGUGCUGCCGGAAUACCGCUCGAAAACAUUGGGGGAGACCUUGCAAAGAUACUGGGAUGAAGAGUGCCUGAAGGCAUCCAAAGACCUGAAAGAACCAAGCUUAUCCAAAGCCAUCAUCUUUUGCCACUGCAAAUUCUAUGCAGUGCUGAGCAUCAUCACAUUCAUUGAGGAGGGGACCAAGCUGGUCCAGCCGGUGCUGCUGGGGUACCUGUUGCACUACUUUGAGACUUACGACCCCAACGACAACCAUGGUUUACAACUGGCAUUCUGCUACGCCUUCGGCAUAUCCCUAUGCUCCCUUCUGCUCGCGGUGAUGCAUCACCUUUACUUCCAUUAUCAGAAGCUGGGCAUGAAGAUACGGGUUGCCCUGUGUCACAUGAUCUACAAGAAGGCCCUAUGUCUCAGCAACUCGGCCACAGGGAAAACGACCACAGGUCAGAUCGUCAAUCUCCUCUCCAACGACGUUGGCAAGUUUGACGAACUUACUCUUUGGCUGCCAGCCCUGUGGGUGGCGCCUAUCCAGGUAGCAGUGGUGGUCGCCCUACUGUGGGCAGAAAUCGGGCCCUCGUGUUUGGCUGGCAUACUAGUCCCCAUAAUUCUGAUGCCCCUGCAAACCCUGUUUGGGAGGCUGUUCUCCAUGUUCAGGAGCAGGAUGGCAGUGCUCACCGACAGCAGGAUUCGCACCAUGAACGAAGUGGUGUGCGGCAUGCGCAUCAUCAAGAUGUACGCCUGGGAGAAGCCCUUUGCGUCUCUGGUUUCACGUUUCAGAGGGGAGGAGAUCAACAACGUGAUGAAGAGCUCCAUGCUGCAAGCCCUAAACCUAGCCUCCUUCUUCUCGGCCAGCAAGGUCAUCAUCUUCAUCACCUUCGCCAUCUACGUGCAGCUGGGCAACACCAUCACGGCCAGCAGCGUCUUUGUUACUGUGUCGCUGUACAGUAACACAGCCACCACUGUCAACCUCUUCUUCCCCAGGGCCAUCGAGCUUCUCUUUGAGAGUUAUGUGAGCGUACAACGGAUCCAGAAUUUCCUAAUGCUGGAGGAAUUGCCCAAGUGCAGCGAUUUGGUCUCCCAGGCAAAGAAUGCCUCUGUAAUCAUCGAGGACCUCGUCUGCUACUGGGACAAGAACCGAGACCCACCCUCCCUCCAGAACGUCUCAUUGAGUCUUGGGUCGAGGCAGCUGGUGGCGGUGAUUGGACCUGUGGGCGCCGGAAAGUCCUCCCUGCUGAGUGCCAUUCUGGGAGAGCUGCCCCUUGACAAGGGGGUGCUCAAGGUGAAGGGUCAGCUGACCUACGCCUGCCAGCAGCCCUGGGUGUUCCCCGGGACCAUCCGCAGCAACAUCCUGUUCGGCAAAGAGCUAAACCCCGCCAAGUACGAGGAGGUGCUGCGAGCCUGCGCCCUCAAGAGGGACAUGGAGCUGCUGCCAGACGGGGACCUGACUCUGAUCGGGGACCGGGGAGCCACACUCAGUGGGGGACAGAAGGCUCGUGUCAACCUGGCCAGAGCUGUGUACCUGGAUGCUGACAUCUAUCUCCUUGACGACCCUCUCAGUGCCGUGGACGCCGAGGUCGGAAGGCACCUGUUUGAAAAGUGUAUCUGCGGUAUUCUAAAGGACAAACCCAGGAUCCUGGUCACCCAUCAGCUGCAGUACCUGAAAGCCGCUGACCAGAUCCUGGUUCUUAAGGGGGGUAAUGUGGUGGCCAAGGGGGGGUACACAGAGCUGCAGAAGUCUGGACUGGACUUCACCUCUCUGCUGAAAAAAGAGGACGAAGAGGAACAGCAGGCGAUGUCGGAGGAGUUGGCUCGCAGCCGAACCGUCUCCAGCACCUCCUCACCCACGGUCAACGAUGAAGCAGAACAGAUUCCGGCAGAACACACCCAGACAGCUGUGGAGGAGAGCCGUCUGCAGGGGACUAUCGGGAUGGGCAUGUACUACAAGUACAUACGUGCUGGAGCUAACGUCUUUGUUUUGCUGUUGCUCUUUGUGGUAAACAUAUCCGCUCAGGUGGCCUACGUCCUUCAGGACUGGUGGAUGUCUUAUUGGGCCGAUAAGCAAAGCAACCUGACGGGUUGCACCACCUCAAUCCAAAAUCACACCAACAACGCCACUGAAGUGUUGGAUAUACCCUUUUACCUGGGAAUCUACGGAGGUCUGACUGCAGCCACGCUCAUUUUUGGGCUCGUCAGGGCAAUGCUCUUCAUCUAUGUGCUGGUGAAGAGCACGGAGACCCUGCACAAACGCAUGUUCAACGCUAUACUGCGCACGCCCGUGCACUUCUUCGACGUGAACCCCAUCGGCAGGGUUCUGAACCGGUUCUCCAAGGACAUCGGUGAGGUGGACUUGGUUCUCCCCUGGACCUUUGUGGACGCCUGCCAGAUUGCCCUGCAUAUGGUCGGUGUGAUCGCGGUGGCGGCGUCAGUCGUUCCCUGGAUCUUAAUCCUGGUCGUACCGCUCCUCAUUAUCUUUGUGAUCCUCCGCCGCUACUUCCUGAAGACCUCCAGGGACAUCAAGCGACUUGAGAGAACCACUCGAAGUCCCGUGUUCUCCCACCUGUCCUCCUCGCUACAGGGUCUGUGGACCAUCAGGGCCUUCAGAGCCGAGCAGCGCUUCCAGAACGUGUUUGACGCCCACCAGGACCGGCACUCAGAGACCUGGUACCUGUUACUGUGCACUACACGUUGGUUCGCCAUGCGCCUGGACCUGUUGUGCGCCUUCUUUGUCAUCAUCCUCACAUUUGCCUGCAUGUCGUUCCGAGAUGACCUAGGUGCAGGGGAUGUGGGGCUGGCUUUGUCCUACGCCAUCUCCAUCGUGGGGAUGUUCCAGUGGGGUGUCCGGCAGUCAGCAGAAGUGGAAAACUUGAUGAUCUCAGUGGAGCGAGUGAUGGAGUACACAGAGCUGGAGAGCGAAGCACCAUGGGAAACCGAGAAGCGACCCCCGCUUGACUGGCCGAGCCAAGGCCUGGUGACCUUUGACGGGGUCAACUUCUCCUACAGUGCAGAUGGGCCUGUGGUCCUCCGUAACAUGAACGCCACGUUCCUACCCAGGGAGAAGGUGGGCGUGGUGGGGAGGACCGGUGCUGGGAAGAGCUCCCUGGUGUCAGCUCUGUUCCGCCUGGCAGAACCCCAGGGGAAGAUCUACGUGGAUGGAAUACUGACCUCUGAGCUCGGCCUCCACGACCUGCGCCAGAAGAUGUCCAUUAUUCCUCAGGAUCCUGUGCUCUUCACUGACACCAUGAGGAAGAACCUGGACCCUUUCAGCCAGCACUCUGAUGAAGAGCUCUGGAACUCUCUGCAAGAGGUUCAGCUGAAGUCUGUAGUGGAGGAGCUUCCAACCAAGAUGGAGACGCUACUGGCCGAGUCGGGCUCCAACUUUAGCGUUGGCCAGAGGCAGCUGGUAUGUCUGGCCAGAGCCAUCCUGAGGAAGAACCGCAUUCUCAUCAUCGAUGAGGCCACAGCCAACGUAGACCCCAGGACGGACGAGCUGAUCCAGAGGACAAUCCGGGACAAGUUCAGAGAUUGCACAGUGCUCACCAUCGCUCACAGGCUCAACACCAUCAUAGACAGCGACCGCAUCAUGGUGCUCGACGCGGGGGAGAUCCAGGCCUACGACGCGCCCUACACCCUCCUGCAAGACCCUGAGGGCAUCUUCUAUAAGAUGGUGCAGCAGACCGGCCAGCAGGAGGCAGAGGACCUCUUGGCCUCCGCGAAGCAGGCCUACGAGAACAGGAGUCACUCCAUCAACAAACACAGCAGUGCCACCAACGGCAACCUGGUGUUCCAUGAGACGGUCAUGUAAAAAACACUGACCCUUCCCCUGGCUUCAUGCCAGAGUUUCAGUGCCUCACUUUAAAUAAAUGUAUUUGUUUACAUCAUCAAGUUAUUAUUUAAUAAAAAUGCCUUCAGGAGCUAGCUGUUGAUUGUCAAGUGCCUUUAUCACAUAUU